GCUUCAUUUCGAAAUCUUUUGAACAAAUGCAUGGCUUGUUGCAUAUUGACAUAUCCUACAAUGAGUUGCAGGGUCCCAUUCCCAAUAGCAAAGCAUUUUUAGAUGCUCCAAUAGGAACAUUAAAAGGGAACAAAGGAUUGUGCGGUAAUGCUACAGAUCUACAGCCUUGCAAACAUAGCUCAAAAAGGGGACAAAAAGUCGUGUUUCUUCUCGUUUUCCCACUUUUAGGAGCAACUUUUGUUCUACUUUCUUUCUUUGGGAUUUUUCUCUUUAUGCAAAGAAGAAAGACAGAUCUAGAAUCCAAACAAAGCAAGACCGAGGGCCAAGUACUGUUUCUUUCAAUAUUACAUUUCAAUGGAAGAACAUUGUAUGACGAAAUCAUAAAAGUGACCAAUGGUUUUGAUGCUCUAUGUUGCAUUGGGAAAGGAGGACAUGGAACUGUCUAUAAAGCAGAGCUAACUUCAGGUGAUAUUGUAGUUGUGAAGAAAUUCAAUCGACCACUGCAUGAUGCUGGUGAGAACAGAUUUCAAAAGGAGUUUCUGAAUGAGAUAAGGGCAUUGAUGCACAUACGCCAUCGAAACAUUGUUAAACUUUAUGGUUUUUGUUCCCAUGUGCAACAUUCCUUUUUGGUUUGUCAGUAUCUAGAGAGGGGUAGCUUGUCCAUAAUCUUGGGCAACGAAGAUGUUGCUAAAGAAUUGGGCUGGUGUAAGAGAUUGAAUAUUGUUAAAGGUGUGGCAUAUGCCUUGUCUUACAUGCACCAUGAUUGCUCCCCUCCGAUUAUUCAUCGUGACAUAUCAAGCAGCAACAUCUUGCUGGAUUCUCAAUUUGAGGCUCAUGUUUCAGACUUUGGCACCGUAAAGCUUUUAAAGCCAGACUCAUCGAACUGGACAUCAUUUGCAGGCACUUAUAGAUAUGUUGCACCAGAGCUUGCUUAUACAAUGAAGGUAACUGAGAAAUGCGAUGUGUACAGCUUUGGCGUAUUGGCAAUCGAAGUCAUUAGAGGAAAGCAUCCAGGUGAUUUCAUCUCCUCACUAUCAAUGCCGUUAGCUAUGGAUAACAUACAGGUGAAAGAUGUGUUGGACCAACGGCUUCCAUUUCCAACAACUCAAGUUGAAAAUGAACUUAUAAUAGUUGUAGAACUAGCCAUGAAAUGCUUAAAUGCCUAUCCCCAAUCAAGGCUGACGAUGCACAUGAUUUCUCAAGUGUUAUCGACCAAUAUUGCAAAUUCCUAG